AUGGAUCACACGACCCUCGCGCGCAACCUCCAGGCGAUUCAGGUCGCGGUGGAGUCGCAGAAGCAGCUCAUGGAGACGACGGACUUCUGCUGGCCCAUCUGCAUGCGAAAUGCGCGCAUCGGGACGGAGCUCGAUCGAAGCCAGAAGGUGUGCUUCAGCAACUGCGUCGUCCGCUCCAUCGAUGCCGAGAGGAUGAUCGCUCAACGCGUGCUUGUCGCCAUGAAGCAGAGCUCCACCGGCGAGGCCGAGUAA